AGUGGAAUGAAAUGAGGAAUUUAAUUUCUGCUAUUGCAAGCGAAAUAUUGUUGUGCUGUGUGUUAUUUUUGUGAUCGUAUAAGUUUUGUUUCGCAAGUUGCCCUUGAAUAUAUUUGUAAAGAGAGUUUCUGAAAUUGAUUGUAGCUAGAUCAGCAAUCUCUUCGAAUAGUGGAAUGGACGAAUCCUCCGUCAUUGUUUAGCAACUCAAGUGUUAACGCGAAUGCAUCAGUUAGUCUUGAAAUUCUCAAAGUCAAUUUUUAUUUAUGAGCCAAGUAUUGAACAACGCUCGAAUGGAUCCCACACAGAUUACGGCACUGGCGAAACUGUUGAAGGAAAGCGGUGAUAAAGUCUUGAAUUCUCAAUUUAAACUUACGUUAUCAGGAUCGCUGCUAAGGGCACUGAACGAUUCUUUCAGUUUGAUUGUGGACAAAAAUGAAAUUCUACCACCCCAAAGCUUUCAAGUAGUAAAACCCAACAAUGCCAAAUCAGACGUGUUCCGAGAUCUGCAGUUUGUGUACGAUUUCGUACAAAAGACAGUUAUACUAAGCUUGAACCAGUUUAUCAACGAUGAUCCCUACGAGUCUGUUGUAGACAUAAGCAAGUUUCGUAGUCUACGAACACUAGAAGUGCAGAAGAUACCUAUCAAUCAGAUCAUCGGCAUGCAACACCUCAAAGGACAACUUCAAACUCUGGCUUGCGUACGGAGCAUCUCUGAUGUAUCGGACGUAUUGGUUAACUGUGGAGGCGACAAUUUAAUAGAAGGAAGUCAGUGGCGUUCAUUAAAAAGCAUAAAUUUUGCUUACAACAUGCUCGAUUACGUCGAUAGUUCGCUCGAACUGACUCCUUGGCUCGAGCUCCUCGAUCUAAGUCACAAUCAGCUGGUGAGCGUUUCCGCCGUACGAUGCUUGCCAAAUUUACGAGUGCUCAACUUAAGCUAUAAUCGACUGAAUCACAUCCCGGUGUUCCAUUCGGAUGCAACGCGAAAGCUUAGGGUCCUACAGAUGGCGAACAAUUUCUUGGAAGAUCUAGAAGGUUUAUGUCUCCUAUCGCACUCGUUGACAGAAUUGGACAUAUCGGCAAACUUUAUCAUUGACCAUGCUACAUUAUUACCUCUAAGCACCCUUUGUGCUCUGCGAUCCGUUUGUCUGCUGGAUAAUCCAUUAGCGUGUCAUCCGAAGCAUCGACAAGCUACAGCUCGUUACUUGAAUAGUGCAACCUCUGAUUACAAGUUCCUUCUUGACAAUGAACCCCUAUCACGCUAUGAAAAAACUCUUACCGGCAAUUAUGAUAGCUAUAAAGCAAUUUUGGUACCCAGCAUCGUGUCUACAUUCGCUAUGACCUCUAGUGGUCGGAACACUCCGACAUCCAGUGCUAAGACAACAAUAGACAGAGAUGGCACAAUCUCAGACAAUAUGAACCAGUCUGUUACCAGUCAGAAGAAGUUACCUGUUCGUAGAGCAGUGAUUUCAGAGUGCGAUAAUGACGAUCAGGAUUCAAAUAUCGCCAAUUCUCAACUGGAAUUAAGAAAAGCGAGUUGCUCAAGAAUCAAUUUUGAAAGUAGUCGUGAACAUCUGAAGACUAAGGAGGCACUGGAAAAACUUCGGGACGAACACGGGAAUGAAUGGCUGCAAAACUAUCCUGGACAUAUGGUACGAAAUUUGGUUGGUUUUAGCCCUGAUCAUGACAAAGAGUACGGAAGCAUAGAACAUUACCAACCAGCAAAAUCACCAACGAUCCGAGAACAAAUACAUACGAGUUUGCAAGUAAACUCCGCAGCCGAGAGACCCAGUUCAAAACAACUGGAUUCGGUGCCAGGCGAUCCAUUUAUAGACGAAAUUCAGGUCCAGACGGAUCCGUCAAUUGAAAAUACUGCUAAUUCGAAUAGCAGUCUUGAGCAGGUUACACAAGACCCUAUCGGUCUAGAUGGCAUCUAUGCCAUAAGGAUAGAUGAGGAUGAAGAAUCCGAGAGAGAAGAUAAUGAAGUGUUGUAUCACGUAACUAGUCGAGAAAGUGAUGCAGAACUAUCCAUUGUUGUUUCUGAGAAGAGUAUCAAAGAAAAGGAUUCAGUCGGAAAGACGAAAACGCGAUGGGGAAUCAAGACAUUGGAAGCUUGUGAAAGACCAACCUCUACUCGCAUCAUACUAUCAUUCGAUAUAAUUAAAUCGGACAAAAAGGAGCGAGUAUAUGAAAUGGAUCCUCAUGAUUGCCAAUUACUUGAAAGCAGACUGCGAAACGUUCUCUCCAAAAGGCCGUUAUCGGAGAUGAAUUUACGACUAUAUAAAUGUGUCGUUUGUAAUACGAAAUCAGCCCGCCAAAUCGACCCUACUCGUGUUACCGAGGAUGUGCAUACAUGCCCAACGUGUCAUGGUCCGUACUUGAUUCAAAUAAAGGAAAAUCAAGUCAAAAAGGAAUCUUCUUCGAAUAUCGAUGUAUCAUCUUGUAAUGACCAACUCCCGCCUGUUUCCAACGUGGAUACAUCCAACCCCAUGCCCGGAACUUCGGGCAUAUCUGCGCCGGAGUCAGGCACCUUCUGUAUAAGUGGUUCGAAUAUUAGUUUGGGUACACCUAAUCCGGAAGCAUGGAAAUCACCAUUGAAGAAUAAACCCAAGUCCAGUGGUUCCUUAAACGAUUCCUCAUCGUGCUCCCGGAUAUCUCAGGCAGGCAGUUCCUGUGACUCAAAUCAAAGCGUUGCGGGAAGUACAAACUCUGAACGUGACCGUGAUGUAGAUUUGUUGGGCAAUGACAGUGAUAUUGAAGUGUUGAGCAAUCCAAGUCAAAGUAGCAUAGAGGUACUUGAUCGAGGAUAUCACCCAAGUCGGAAAGCUUCGGAAGAGAGGCGUAUUUCGAGCCUUGAAACUAUGAACAAGUAUAGUACAGACGCCAACAACAAGGAACAACAGGAAGUACUGACUACAGGGUUUCUACAGCAACACCAAUCGGACAGUGGUCCUUUGAAAACAAGUGGAAAUGAAGAAUCACAAAAAAUGGAUGCUGUUGAAUCAUUAUUUGUGGUGGAGAAGGAAGAUGCAUCGCUGAAGAAAUUGUCGGGCGUCACAAAAUUGCAUGCCCCGCACGUCAGCAAGAAAGUUUUUUUAAAUAACAUAAAUUUAACAGAGAGUUCUAGCUCUGGUUCGGUCACAGACAGUGUAUGUACAGCGUACGAGUCAACUCAAGGAUCAAUCGAAGUUGUCUGUAAUAAAUCAAGCGACAAAGAGUCUACAACCACAUUUACCGAACUGGAAUCUUUCAACGAAUCAUCUAGAAUGGAACAUAAAACAAGUACGGAAAAUAUGUCGACUGGCGUGGAAAAUGCUGCAAAACCUGACAACACCGUGCUUUCAAGUGUCCUUGGAGUAGUACUUCAGUCUACCAACAUGCUCAUGGCUAAAACUCCUAAAGGAAAGGGAGAAGAAAGUUCAGUAAAAAUAUUCUAUGAGCCAAUACGAUACAAUUAUAAUGACUAUAGUAAUGUUGACCAUCGUUUGAAGCUGUAUCUAUAUCAGAGUUUAUUCGAAGAUACUAACGAGUCCUUGAAGUGGUUAGUCUCGUGCAUCGUUUUCGAUGAUAACCGAGCUGAUGAAUGGCCUUCAGGAUUCGAUGGUCUGUUCAUCAUGUCCACCACCAAAUUUUACGUCAUGAAAAAGGUUGCCGCGGAAAAUGACGAUCCUACUUCCUGGUUGAAAAAGUACGUUGCCGGAACAAUCGAUCGCGUUGGAAUAGCUCAACCACUGCCUUGGAAAAUAGGUAUCAAGUUUAUCGUCAGUGCAAUUGGUGGGGUUCACGUUGUAUUGCAAGAUAUACUUCGAACUGAUAAGUUGAUGUUAUUUUUUAAUGAAAAUCCUCUGCCACCUUAUUGCACUCUUGAUUAUCAACCAUCCGAUUUAUUGAACAGCAAGCUUAAAAAAGCAGCCAAUGGGGAUGCUGUUAAAAUGGUGAUGAUAGUAAAUUUCUGUGACGUGCUAUCGAAUGACGAACUACAAAGCGUUCAGUUGUCGACUUUGGUUAUUACUGCAAAACAUUUGAUGCUAGUCCCGGAGAUCCGGUGGAUUAAUGAGAGCUCAGCUUACCCAGUUGUACCGAAAUUCACGCAGCUCGUGAUCGACAUUGUUGAGCUGGAAGAGAUGAACGAUCUUUCUUGUCGAUUACACUACGCGAACGAGCAGGAAGACAAGGAAGAAACUUGGAGUCUGAUUUUUGCUACAGCAACGGCUAAGGAGAGCACCGUAAACACUAUUUGUCAGUUGUGGGAAAAUUUCUUCGGCGUACCGAUGACAAGACGACCCUGAAAUCGGAAACAAUAGAUGGGAGAAGUAGUAGAUACUAAGCUAUUAGACGCUGUACGCGAUAUUAGUGUAUUAUAACAAAAAUCGGUUUGUGAGCAAAACAAUUAUAUGACAGUGAUAUUAGUGUACCACAAUUUGGGUUAACAUUGCUGUAUCAUUACGUUAAACGGUGUGCUAAAGCAGCAAUGCAAACUGGAAGAUGUUCGCAAUUGUAGAAAAUGUACACACGAUGCAAUAAAGCCCAUAACAAAU